AGAACUCAUUUUUUUAACAAAGAAUCAGGGUCGGAGUAGUUUUUCAAAUAGGAAAAAAAAGUCAUCAGGCUUUCUUCUUUAAAUAGCUUGAUAAGAUAAAAACUAGGACUCGCUAUUUAAGAAUAGGUUCUUUUUCAGUAUCUUCUUUUUUGGUAUGCCGCUCCGCGAGCAAGAAGAAAGAAAACAAGUGGGCAGUGGUGAUGUCAGAAUUUUCACCUAUUUUUAUCUAUUUAGUGAUCAGUCCGCUAGUUUCUUUGAUCCCACUCGGUCUUCCUUUUUUAUUUGCUUCCAAUAGUUCGACCUAUCCAGAUAAAUUGUCGGCCUACGAAUGUGGUUUCGAUCCUUCCGGUGAUGCCAGAAGUCGUUUUGAUAUACGAUUUUAUCUUGUUUCUAUUUUAUUUAUUAUUCUUGAUCUGGAAGUUACCUUUUCCUUUCCUUGGGCAGUACCUCCCAACAAGAUUGAUCCGUUUGGAUUUUGGUCCAUGAUGGCCUUUUUAUUGAUUUUGACGAUUGGAUCUCUAUGAAUGGAAAAGGGGUGCUUCGGAUCGGGAAUAAACACUAGUGAUAGGGAAAAAGAGGGGGGAAGGACAAAGGAAAGCGCAAUGCCUACAUUCAAUCAAUUGAUUCGUCAUGGUAGAAAAGAAAAACGGCGCACGGACCGUACUCGAGCUUCGGAUCAAUGUCCCCAGAAACAAGGAGUACGCCCACGUCUUUCAACGAGAACACCGAAAAAACCUAAUUCAGCUCUAC